AUGCCGCCUUUGCCAGCAGACGCCCCGCGCCCGCGGGAGUGCCACAUCAUCAAAACUUAUCCAGAGCAGGAGUACGGAUUUAACCUCCAUGCCGAAAUUGGCAAACGCCAGUACAUUGGCAGCGUUGAUCCGGAAAGUCCAGCCGAAACGGCUGGCCUGAAGCCGGGUGAUCGCAUCUUGGCCGUAAAUGGCAUGUCCAUUAAGCAGGAGCCGCACAAACAGGUGGUGGCCAAGAUCAAGGAGGAUCCGCUACAGUGCUACCUGACGGUGAUUGAUGACGAAGGAAUGAACUGGUAUACGGAACGAAAGCUCUCCGUACCCACCGACAUGUCAGUAUUUGCUCAAAUGACCGACGCUGACGAACACAGCGAAAGGGAGGCGGUACGUACCCCGUUUUUUAAAUAAAC